AAAAAAGUGGCAUCACCUUUUGUGCUCAAAAGCGAGCGACGGGCGAAAGUAUAGCACUCGAAGAGCUGUGUUCACUUUCGCAUUGCCAACACCUUGACCUCGACCUCGUGCAGCGAUUUUAGCAACGAGCAAGCAACCGCUGCAGACUAGGCAUACUUGUCGGCCUCGCGCCGCCGCCGACGCGACAGCAGCGAUGGCGACAACAAACAUAACACUCACAACCACGACGCGCAUGGCCCUCGCGCGCACGCCCAUCCUCGAGGAGUUACAUCUGUGGGCUUUACUGGGCUACACGUGCGUCACCGGUACCUUAGCUCUCAUCUGUCUCUUGUGCGCGCACCAACUCCAAAAGGCCCACGACCGGGAAGCAGCGCGAGAAGCAAGAGAGGCCAGAAGAGGAGACUACGCCCCAUGGUCAGUAGUAACUGAAAACGGCGCCAAAAGUACGUCACCAUGGAGGCCUAGAGCGGCAACAUAUGCGAGGAUCGCGGCCUACGCCUUCGCGUGGUGGGCCUUAUCUGUGUCCUUUACGCUGGUGAACAAGUACUUCCUGUACUACUGGAAACCACCUACGAAACCUGGGGUCUUUGUGCCUCCCGGCUUUCCUUUCGCUGUUACUACUACUACAUUACAUUUGACCAUGAAAGUAGUGUUGUCGACAUUAACGAUACGGUGGCGGCAAUAUAGGUUAGCGAAGCGACUCGCGUCGGACGAGGCCUCCGCGGAAGAAGCGAAUAGUAUCGUCGUGCCCGAACAGCUCUCUUCCAGUGCAAGGUGGAAGUACGCCUACUCUACGGGAGCUACGACAGCAUUAGAUAUCGCCACCUCAAAUCUAGCUUUAUUGUUUGUCACCGUGUCCUUUUAUACGGUGGCCAAAACCACAACCCUAGCCUGGACGUUAAUUUGGGCGACACUGUUCAAACUGGAACCUUGUCGACUGAGGACGUUCUUUAUCGUGUUGCUGAUCGUCGGUGGCUUGAUCCUGGCGACGGAGGGAGAACGCCACCAGACGUACGGCUUUUCGGUCGUUGGCACUAUUUUAGUGCUCGUGGCGGCGUGUUUAGGUGGCGCGCGGUGGUGUUUGACGCAGGCGCUGUUUGCCCACGACACGGCGUGUGCCGAAGAUCCUGUGGUCGUCGUCUACCACGUCUCGCCGGCCGGCGUCUUGACGUUGCUCCCGAUCGCUCUCUUGUGGGAGUUUCCCCGUUUGUGGUUCUGGGCGAAGUUAGUGUCGACGGAGGGCGUCGUCGCGGCCUUCUCCUUUGCUUGUGCUGCUGGUUGUAUUGCGUACCUGAUGCUCCUGGCCGAGGUGAAGUUGUUGCAUGAGACGUCUUCUUUAUCACUGAGCGUGGGCGGCGCCCUGAAGGACGUCAGUCAGAUCGCGCUCGCGUCCGUGACGUUCGGCGACGAGAUCACGGUCGCGUCGGCGGCGGGCCUCGCUUUGGUCAUCGCCGCGUCGCUGGCCUACGCGAAGUCGCGGUCGGGCCGGCGGCGGGCCGCGUCGAUCGCCGAGGGCACGACGCGCUACGCGCGCGUGGAGAUGAAGGCGGAGUUCGACGACGCGCUUGAUGAUGACGAUCUGAACGACAACGACCUUCUAUAAAUGUAAGU